GCACUCGCGAAGCUGCCUACGUUUUGGCCGUCACCUCGGCCGGUGUCUCCCACGCCGUCACCAAGGCCUGCAGUAGCGGGAUGCAUGUCUAUUGCGGAUGCGACAGCACCAUUUACGACCAUCCCCGAGAACCCAACUUUGUGUGGUCCGGCUGUUCCGACAACAUCCACUUUGGUACCUCCUUUACGCGCUUCUUCCUCGACGUUCGGGAGCGUAGCCGAGUGAAGCGAAAUAGGAAGUUGGGCAUGACUAACCUGCACAACAACAAUGCUGGUAGAGAGGUGAGCGGCUGA